GCAGCAGAGAAGCAGCGGCGGAGAGGGCAGACGGCAGGAGCCGGACCUCCCCAGCCCAUCCCCUCCCCACCCCACACACCCGAAGGGAAUUUCCCCUCCUCUUCCCAUGAAGGCGCAAGGGUGCCCCGCUGGCCACGCCAGGACAUCUGGCCAUCGCCCGAGCAGCGGCAGCACCAUGAUCCGGCUGGGGAGACUCUUCCAUCUCCUGACUUUGAUCAAGUUGCCCUGCUGCCUGCUGGAGUUUCUCCUCUCUGCGGUGGCUCACGGACAGGAGAUGUACGCCCCCCACUCCAUCCGGAUAGAGGGGGACAUCACCCUGGGGGGGCUCUUUCCCGUCCACGCCAAGGGACCCACCGGAGUGCCUUGCGGGGACAUCAAGAAAGAAAACGGCAUCCACCGGCUCGAGGCGAUGCUGUACGCGCUGGACCAGAUCAACAGCGAUCCGGACCUGCUGCCCAACGUGACGCUCGGGGCUCGGAUCUUGGACACUUGUUCCAGGGACACCUAUGCAUUGGAGCAGUCGCUCACUUUUGUCCAGGCGCUGAUCCAGAAGGACACCUCCGACGUGAGGUGCACCAAUGGGGAACCACCGGUCUUUGUCAAGCCAGAGAAAGUAGUUGGAGUGAUUGGGGCAUCUGGAAGUUCAGUGUCCAUUAUGGUAGCGAACAUCUUAAGGCUUUUCCAGAUUCCCCAGAUCAGUUAUGCCUCAACAGCACCAGAAUUAAGUGAUGACAGGCGCUACGAUUUCUUCUCACGAGUGGUCCCUCCAGAUUCCUUCCAAGCACAGGCAAUGGUUGACAUUGUAAAAGCUUUGGGGUGGAAUUACGUGUCAACAUUGGCAUCUGAAGGAAAUUAUGGAGAAAAAGGAGUGGAGUCCUUCAUGCAGAUUUCCAGAGAGGCAGGUGGCCUCUGCAUUGCCCAGUCACUGAAAAUUCCCCAGGAUCGCAAAGAGAAGACCAUCGACUUUGAUAAAAUUAUCAAGCAGCUCCUAGACACUCCCAAUGCCAGGGCCGUUGUUAUUUUUGCCAACGAUGAGGACAUAAAGCAGAUCCUUGCAGCAGCAAAAAGGGCUGAUCAAGUCGGUCAUUUUCUGUGGGUAGGAUCAGACACUUGGGGCUCCAAAAUAAAUCCGCUAAUUCAGCAAGAAGACAUUGCUGAGGGAGCAAUCACCAUUCUGCCUAAGAGAGCAACCAUAGAGGGAUUUGAUACCUACUUUACCACGCGCACCCUGGAGAAUAAUAGAAGAAAUGUGUGGUUUGCAGAGUAUUGGGAGGAGAACUUCAAUUGCAAGUUAACGAUUAGUGGAUCAAAAAAGGAAGACACAGACCGUAAAUGCACAGGGCAGGAGAGAAUUGGAAAAGAUUCCCAUUAUGAACAAGAGGGGAAAGUUCAGUUUGUGAUUGAUGCUGUGUAUGCCAUGGCUCAUGCCCUCCAUCACAUGAACAAGGAUCUUUGUGCUGAUUACCCUGGGAUCUGUCCGGAGAUGGAACAAGCAGGAGGCAAGAAAUUGCUGAAGUAUAUACGCAAUGUUAACUUUAAUGGCAGUGCUGGCACUCCAGUGAUGUUUAAUAAAAACGGUGAUGCACCGGGGCGCUAUGACAUCUUUCAGUAUCACACAACAAACACCACCACUCCAGGCUACCACCUGGUUGGCCAGUGGACCGAUGACCUGCAGCUCAACAUUGAAGACAUGCAAUGGGGUAAAGGAAUACGUGAGAUCCCAUCCUCUGUCUGCAGUCUGCCUUGUAAACCAGGUGAAAGGAAGAAGAUGGUGAAAGGGAUGCCGUGCUGUUGGCACUGUGAGCUAUGUGAUGGGUACCAGUACCAAGCUGAUGAGGUGACAUGUUUGCUCUGCUCAUAUAACGAGCGACCUAAUGAGAACCGCACUGGAUGCCGCCCUAUACCCAUUGUGAAAUUGGAAUGGCACUCUCCGUGGGCCGUCAUACCAGUCUUUUUGGCUAUGCUUGGAAUUAUUGCCACCAUUUUUGUAAUGGCGACCUUCAUUAGAUAUAAUGACACUCCCAUUGUCCGGGCUUCUGGAAGGGAACUCAGCUAUGUCCUGUUGACUGGAAUAUUUCUUUGUUAUAUAAUUACUUUCCUGAUGAUUGCCAAACCAGAUGUUGCAGUGUGCUCCUUCCGACGUAUCUUCCUGGGCUUGGGGAUGUGCAUUAGCUAUGCAGCCCUUUUAACUAAAACAAACCGCAUCUACCGCAUAUUUGAACAGGGCAAAAAGUCAGUGACAGCACCUCGGCUUAUAAGCCCAACAUCGCAGCUGGCGAUCACUUCAAGUUUAAUAUCAGUUCAGCUUCUAGGGGUUUUCAUUUGGUUUGCAGUUGACCCACCCAACAUCAUCAUAGAUUAUGAUGAGCAGAAGACUAUGGACCCUGACCAAGCCAGAGGAGUUCUCAAAUGUGACAUUACGGAUCUACAAAUCAUUUGCUCCUUGGGGUAUAGCAUUCUCCUAAUGGUUACAUGUACUGUGUAUGCCAUCAAGACUCGGGGUGUCCCAGAGAAUUUUAAUGAAGCUAAACCCAUUGGAUUCACUAUGUACACUACCUGUAUAGUAUGGCUUGCCUUCAUUCCAAUAUUUUUUGGUACUGCACAGUCAGCUGAAAAGCUCUACAUACAAACUACCACACUUACAAUAUCCAUGAACUUAAGUGCUUCAGUGGCCCUGGGGAUGCUUUACAUGCCGAAAGUGUACAUCAUCAUCUUCCAUCCUGAACUAAAUGUCCAGAAACGGAAACGCAGCUUCAAGGCCGUAGUGACGGCAGCGACCAUGUCAUCACGGCUUUCGCACAAAGCUAGCGACAGGCCCAAUGGGGAAGCAAAAACAGAACUUUGUGAAAAUGUAGACCCAAACAAAUGCAUACCACCAGUAAGAAAGAGUGUACAAAAAUCUGUUACUUGGUACACUAUUCCACCUACAGUAUAGCUUUUGCCUGCUUUCCAAGAAGGCCCUGCUGCAAAAAAGAAGUAUGUCAGUUAUAAUAACCUGGUUAUCUAGUCCAUUUCUUCAGACAGAGUUGAGGAAGGAUGAAG